GGGCGGCCGGGCGCGGCGGCGGCGGCGGCGGCCAGACCCGGGCGGCGGGCGGGCGGGCAGCGGCCCCGGCCCGCGUCUGCGCCCCUCCUGGUCCGGGGCGCCGCGCGCAGCCAUGGUGGGCCGGCUGAACCUGCAGGAUGUGCCCGAGCUCGUGGACACGAAGAAGAAGGGCGACGGCGUCCUGGACAGCCCGGACUCGGGGCUGCCGCCCAGCCCCAGCCCCGGCCACUGGGCGCCCGCGGCGGCGGGGGGCGGCGGGGAGCGCGGCCCGGCGCCCGGAGCGCUGGAGCCCGACGCGGCGGCGCCCGCGGCCCCGAGUCCAGCCUCGCUCCCCACCCCGCCGGCCUCCGCCUGCGCCCCGAGGCUCUGUCCCCUGUCCUUCGGCGAAGGCGUGGAGUUUGACCCUUUGCCGCCGACGGAAGUGAGGUACACGUCCUCGGUCAAGUACGACUCGGAGCGGCACUUCAUCGCCGGCGUGCGCCUGCCGCUGGGCCUGGCCGUGGCCUCCUGCAGCCAGACGGUCACCUGCAUCCCCGACUGCACCUGGCGCAGCUACAAGGCGGAGCUGCGCUUCGAGCCGCGGCCCCGGCCCGCGCGCUUCCUCAGCACCACCAUCGUCUACCCCAAGAGCCCCAAGGCCGUCUACACCACCACCCUGGACUACAACUGCCGCAAGGCGCUGCGGCGCUUCCUGUCCAGCGUGGAGCUCGAGGCCGCCGAGCUGGCCGGCGGGGACUGCCUCUCGGACGAGUGCUGACCCGGCGGGGUGGGCCGGCCCGGCUCCCGGCUCCCGGCUCCCGGCUCCUCUGCAGCCGCCGCCCGGCCCGGCCCGGCCCCGGCCUCCGCGAGAGGCCCUCUGCGCCCGGCCUGGGGAGGGAGGCGUCGGCGUCGUAGAAGGAUGAGGGGGUUGGUUCUUUAGGUGCUUCGUUGGGAAAAGGGGUGUCUUUCUAGUUGGCUGCUGCACAUUCCCCCCCCCCCCCCCCCCCCCCCCCCGAGUCUGGGUCUGAUGAGAGCAGCGGGAGAAGGGCCGGGUUCGAACCAGGGAGGGGGGUGGUCUCUCCGGUGGACGGUCUGUCGGAGGAGGGGGAGGGGGAGGGAGGGAGGGGGGAAGCCGUGGAGCUGUCAGCCCGGCCCUCCCUCGCUGCGCCCAGCGGCGCCCCCUCCGGAGCCGGGCCGCCCAUGUGGGCCCAAUCUGUGCAGCGCGGGCCGUUCCGUGUUCUAUUUCCAUCCCCGCUCCCACUUCCUGUUAACCGAAAAGCUUGGAAUUCGCGCAGUUUUUUUCACGACACCAAAAAGCCCCAGACGGCAGAAGGAGGUUUUUUUAAAGAGAGGGAGGGCUCUCCUGUGCUCACCUCCUCCGCGGGGCCAGGCGGACGGUGGCCGGGGCUGGAGGCCGCAGCCUUGCCCCGGUCCCUCCGGUCCCUCCGGGCCCGGGCCCUGGAGAGCGCCUCGCACCCGGGCACCAGGUGGCGUCGCCACAGGCCUGGGUGUGUGGGGCUCCCAAACGCUUCCCUGUGUUUUCACGUGGCCACACACGGCAGAGAGAAGCGGCUUUUUUUAAAAGGGCUUUUGGGGGCUCCACGAGGGGGCUCCCCCCAGGCCUGACCCCACCUGGGGGCGGAUGUCUGUGUCUGUGACCGGGUCCAUCAGCAUGGGCCCUGGGCCAGCUGCUCUAGGACCGACCGUGUCCGCAUGGCAGAGGCGUUCUGCCAGGGCCUUAGGUCCAGGCCGAAGGCAAGGAAAUGCCCCCACCCCCCACCCCCGCCUCCUGUGAGGAAAAGGUGAGUCCCCCUCCGAAAGCUGGGCCCUGCCCUGCCGGUUCCAUCCCGUAGCGUUCGCUGUAGAGUAAGAGGCUCCGGCCUGUGAGCCAGAGAAGCUCGGUGAGUCCCGCUGAGCUGGCCUCGGGGGCAGGGGCCGUGGCCGGGCCAGGAGGGAGCCGGGGCCAGGCUGCCUCUGCCUUCACCCCUGCCCGCCCUGCCUCACCCAACCCUCACUUCUUCCUGCCAAUCCCCGAGGCUCCUGAGGGAAGAGAGUGGCAGUUGCUGUUUCUCUUCCCAUUCGGGAAAGAAGGAACCGAGGAUGUUUCCUCUGAACACAUCCAAACUGUCCAGGGCCUGAGGGUGACGGGGUUUUGUCAGCCUGGGCUCCGCCGUUCCUGUGGCUCCUGCGGACGGCUUUGUCCGUGGGCCCUGAGAGCCGGAGUGACGGCUGUGCGGGUGCCUGGAGCCACAGCAGGGGCGGCUGACCUGGGAAGAGCCGGUGUGAGCAGGGGUGGGGUGAACGCACCCACUGAAAGUUAUUGGGGGCCGAUGGAGCCAGGGGGUCUGGUGUCCUGCUCACUGGGAACCCUGGGUGGUCACCCUGGGUGGUCGGUCUGCGGUGCUCCUGGCUGAAGGCGAGCAUCCUCCCUGGGGAGCCUGCAGGGGGCGCUGGACUUCCUGAGUUUGCCGGAUGGGGCUGGGGAAGGGGGUGUCCCAUCAGAGGGGCCCUGCCGUCUCCUUAGUCACACCGAGCAACAAAUGCUCCCUGUGUUUGGAAAAGCAAAUCACACGGCAUUUAUGAUAAACACGGAUUUUCCUCUCCAAUCCCAUGGUCUGUAUCAUGUAGGACACACGGCACAUGUGAUUUUUAAAGGAUGUCGAGAGGAUUCCCAAGGCUCUGCUCCGGCCCCGGGGACAGACACCUUGAGGGAGCUCAGAGCGCCGGGUGGGCAGCCGUCCAGAGGGCCGGGCCGGGCAGCCGGCCGCGCGGGGCCUGUGCAGGGGGGUGGGGUAAGCUCAGGCCGGUCACCGGGCGGGGAGAGACCUGAAUGAGACCGGGAAAGUAAGUAGGAUGAGCGGCUGUGGGUGGGUAAUGCACAUGGAAAGGCAGGUUGUAGUUUAAGUUAUUCUCCGGGGAACCAACGCGAGUUCUUCCCAGGCCUUUUCCUUCAAACCCGCUCGGCUGGACGCCGCAGAAAAGCAGUCUCGUGAGGACACAGCGGGACACCUGGGCGGGUGAGGGACUCCGGCGGACGGCGGGUUCCUGUCGGUGUGCAGGGCGGAAGCAACGCUUUUUAAGACUCUCGCUGAGGCCAGACGCUCCUGAGCACCCCCGGGAGACUCCGUUUUCUGGCGAAUCCACGUCUCCUCAGGCUCUGGAGCGAUGGCUUUCGUGUAAGAAGGGUGAUGGGUGACCUCAGAAAGACGUUUUACUUUCAAAGCCGGACUUUUAAGAAAGAACGAUGACCUGGUCAGCGGAAACUUCUGUUUCUCACCUUAGGAAACCCAGGAUAGCAUUUGGCAAAAACUAUUUUUUAAAAUUUCUCUUUGACCUCUGUUCCCCCCCCCCCCCCACUCUCCAUUUUGCUUUGUGACGUCUUCAUUUAACAAUAAAUUAUCUUUUAAAAA